GGGAGUGACAUAAAGCAUCAUUUGAUUAAUAUCGCUACCAACAAGAAGAUAUUGAAAUUCAGUGAGAACUGGAAUACUAAAGAAAAUACAUGAAACAAAUCGACGAGAAAUAUUUCAAGAGUAAGUGAUUUGGUGAAUCAGUGAAACUUUUUUUCUAUAAGAGAACAAAAAUUAAUGUGACUGAUGAGUGAAAGGGAAGGACGGAUGGCUGAGGGAGUGAGUGAUGGUGGUGGUGAUGGUGAUGAUGGUAAUGAGGAGGUGCUGAUGGAAGAUGCAAAGGAGAGAGGGGAGAGGGAAGAAGAGGAAGACAGAGAUGGUGCUGUUGGACACGUAGAAAAUUCGGAGAGGGUGGAGGAGUCUGUUGCUGGGCCCACCACAUCCUUCUCAUCAUCAUCCGUAUCUCCUCUCCAUCCCACUCUUUCCUCUGUUGCUCCCAUCCUUCUCUCUCCUUCUCCUCCUCCUCCUCAUCACCAUCCCACAGGCUUAAGUCAAGAAGGCUUGAUCACCAUCACUACUCCGUCCCCCUCCGCCUCCACCCUCACCACCACCGCCACCCAACCUCCUGUGGAAAAGGAGGCCCCAACAGUGACGUCACCGCUCAGACCCUCCGUGACAUCUAAUAAGACCGAUGAGAAUGACAGCCGCGUGCCUCAGCCAUCACCACCACCGCCACUGCACUGCCAUGAAGCAAGUGGAAGUCCCGUAGAAAUAUCAGGAGAAGAGGAAAGUUCUCUUUCGUUAGUUGCAACACCACUGCAGCCCAGCAAGGAAUCGAGUCAAGGCACAUCGCCGCAAAACAAGGAACAAAAGACAGUACUGUCCCAACGCGAGGAAAAAAAUGGGAAUUCCCGCCUUGCUGCAUCCUCAACAAGUAAAGAAGCAAACAGAGAAACCGUAUCAAGCAAAGGAAAAAGUAAAACAUUAUCCUCACCCCGUAAGGAAAAAGGGAAAGCAUCAUCACCAUUACCAUCAGCAACAUCAACAUCAUCACCACCAAGAAAGGAAAGAAGCAGUUCAAGUUUCCCAGUGACAUCAUCUCCCGGCAUGGAAAAAAGUGAAAGCCAACCCUCCGCCGUGCCACGCAAGGUCACCACUGAGUUCUUAGUGGUCAGGGAGGGGCAGGAAGCAAGGAAUCAAGAACCCCAGGCGCCUGAUGUAGGAGUAGGAGUAGGAGCAGGAGCAGCAGCAGGAGGAGGGAGGAGUAGAGUUGGCAUGCCCUUCUUAAUUAGGGUCAAGCAAAGUGAUGGACAGAUCGUAACCUACAGAAUGUUGGGUCCAAACACGGGGCAAGGGCCUCCUCCGUUCUAUCCCCCACCUCCGCCUGGCCCUCCUCCUCAGAGCUACGCACCCUUCCAGCCCCCGCCACAGUAUGCCCCCAUCAUGUCACCACCCUUGACACAAACAUCUCCACCUCCACCAUUCACCCAAAAAUCUGAGAGGCACCUGCGUCAAUGUGACAAGCCCCGCACCUCCAAGUACUACCCACGACAGCCACACCAGAACACCAAGUCCGGCAGCAGCAGUCUUCAGAGCACUCCUCCACUCUCCCCUAAGAAAGAACCGCUGCCUAAGAAGAAUGGUGGAGAGGAGGAGGUGCAAGGGGAAGAUGGAGAGGACCCUCAAAAUACAUUACAACAUCUACUUUCUCAGGUCAAGCCCCCUAAGGUGGUGGAGGUGACACCCUACACGGCCGUCCUGCAGUGGGUGGCUCCAGACCUGGGUGGGCAUCAAGAGGAGCUCGCAGUGACAGAGCUCCGCUAUGAGGUCUUCCUGAAUGACAGCCCUUACACCACCAUCCACACUACCCAGCUCAGCAUCACUGACCUCAAGCCAGCCACUGACUACAGGGUCUUUUUCCACUGCCUUUGUGGGAAUGUGCGGGGGGACACUAGUGGAGUGACCUCCUUCCACACUGAAGCCACAGUUCCAGAUGCUCCACAGCUCCCCAAGAUGGUGAAUAAGACAAAAACUUCUCUUCAGUUCAGGUGGACCACAAACAACAUGAAGGACAACGGUUCCCGAGUGACGGCGUUCAUCCUUGAGAUUUUUGGCAGUAAUGGGGAGUGGACCGAGGUGUACCGUGGCAAGAAUAAGCAACACACCGUAUCCAAACUUCAACCUAACACUCGCUACCGUGUACGCCUGGCAGCUGUUAAUGACUUGGGCAAGAGUGAUUACAGUCCAGAGACACUUGCUUAUACAAGUGGAGUGGUUCCUAGCCAGCCACCUCCACCAACUCUGGAACAUGCCUCUGUCACUACCCUUAGUCUUGGUUGGCCUAAGAGGCCCACAGAUGACACCUACACCUUGCAUAUGGAGGAUUCCCUUAAUGGAUAUGGUUUCCGACCUGUCCACAAUGGCAAAGAGACCAGAUUUGUUUGCCAGGAUCUGAGGAAAAAUACAUACUAUAGAUUCAGGUUGUGUGCUCAUAAUGAUGAGGGAUCAUCACCAUUUUCUGAGGUUGCUACGUACCCAACACUGCCUGACCGACCCAAGCCUCCAUCUCCCCCAACUGUCAAGGGCCGACCAAAGUCAUCAAGGCUGGUAGUUAUGUGGGGUUGCCCCAUUGACAAUGGAGGUGCUCCUGUCACCUCCUAUAGGCUAGAAUUGGACCGUGGUUCAGGGUUUGAGUGUGUAUACUCUGGGGAAAAGUUGGAAGCAGAAUGCACUGACCUUGUCCCGGGGAAGAGCUAUCGUGUGCGAGUGCAAUGCAAAAGUUCUGGAGGAAAGAGUGACUGGAGUGAAGUAUCCACAGUGACUACGGAGGCGGUGUGUCCUGGAGUGUGUCCAUCUCCGCGCCUCUUAGGCAAACCCAAGGCCUCCCAGCUACAGCUAAAGUGGGGUGACCCAGACCAUGACGGAGGUGCUCCUAUACUGGAAUUCCACAUAGACAUGACUGCCCCUGAUAAUGAUCGGCGCCAGGUAUACCGAGGUCGGGACCACGAGUGCACUGUUGCCAGCCUCCUCCCAGGGCGACCCUACAUCUUCCUUGUGAGGAGUGUUAACCGCAUUGGGCAAGGGCCUUGGUCUGAGCCCCUGGAAGUGGUGAGUGGAGCAGGUCCACCAGACACUCCCCACCCACCCCACCUGGCAUGUCGAAGUCCACACUCAGUGCAUUUGAUCUGGGAGGAGCCAAUCAACAAUGGAGCUGGCAUUGAGCAGUAUAACAUUCAAAUUGCUGAGGUGUCUUGUCCCCAUGCUGAGUCCUCCGAGUCCUCCUCAACAUGUGGUGACCCAGAGUCUGACCUGACGUUCACUAGUGCUUACACUGGAUCAGCCACUACCACUGAAGUACGGAAUCUGUCACCUGCCACCACCUACGCCUUCAGAGUAUGCUGUAGUAACAGUGCUGGAGUGAGUGCAUGGUCAUCCCCAGCCACUGUCACCACACCAGCUUCUCCCCCUGCCCCUGUGACCUACAUUUCUUCCACACCUGCUGCCACCACCAUCACCUUGCUGUGGGGAGAACCAGCCAGCCAUGGAGAUCCCAUCACUCACUAUGUCAUAGAGGUGGGAGACCGCACCGUCACCACCCCAGGCCCAGAGACAGAGUUCACCCUCACCGACCUGCUGCCAGAGACGCUGUUUAAGCUACGCAUCCAGGCCAUGAACAGUGUUGGUCCUGGGGGUUUCAGUGCCAUCCACAAGGUGACCACCCGACCCCUGCCACCAGCACCCCCAACCCUGGAGCUGGUCAAGGCCUCCUACAACUCUCUCAAGUUGAAGUGGGGUGAUGGCCGCAACCUGGAUAUGCUGACAUACUCCUUAGAGAUGGAAUUUACCAAUCCCCACAAUGGCAACCGAGAGUUCUAUCAAGUGUAUAGUGGAACCAAUCAGAACUACAAGGUUGCCCGACUUGAAGAGAAUACCAAGUAUCACCUCAGGAUCUGUGCUAGUAAUGAGGCUGGCACAGGGCCCUUCUCCCCCAUCACCUCCCUCUCCACUACUAAGGCUCCCCCGCCUCUCAUCAAAGCACCCCGGGUGACUGAAACACCUGAGGGGAGCCAUCUGGUGGAGUGGUGUAGUGUCAGGUGUCCAGGGGAGGAUACCAUAAACUACCGCCUUCAGAUGCUGCAAGCUGGCAAGGACCAGGAUUACUCUGUGGUUUAUAAUGGCAGCGAGACUUCCUAUGCUCUGACACACCUCGACCCUCACUCGGGCUACUAUGUGCGUGUGUGUGGUGUGCGUGUUUGCACUAAUGGGGAGACCAUGACUGGGGCGUACUCAUCCCCAACUCUCUUCAACACCCCCAAGCCUGCCCCCAUCACCACCACCAAGCCAGCAGUCAACACCUCUCAGGAUGUUGGGUUCCAGUGGCAGAGGCUGAGUGAUCAGCAAAAGGCAGCUGUCAUCCUGGCAAUGUUCUCUUUGUUCUGCGCCUUUGCAGCCAUUGGACUGCAUCACUUUGUGGCGCCAGAUCAUGGUCGGUAACCCAGCGAUGGCUACUAUCAUCACCAUGUUUUUAUAUUCUCCUUGAAGGUACCCAGAUUUAUCCUGCUGUGAAGACAUUGGCUGAACCUGCCCAGAGAGGGUGUGGCCAGCAGAGCCAGGCUGGGCUCUAACUCUGAGAGUAGAUUGGUACACUGCAACCCAAGUAUGAUUUACAAAUACUUAAAACUUUAUAAUUUGCUUAUAUGGAUAUCUUUUUAUACAAAUGCUUUAGUUCUCUUUGUAAUGUUGAACCUUUGAAGAAGAUUUUUGGUACCCAUGUAGGUGAGAGGGAUGUCACUGAAGCUAUCAUUCCACUCUUCUCGAUCUGGUGUGCAGGCUCCAGUGGAACCCCUAGAAAUCAUUGAGGCUGUGUGUGCACAAUUGUAAUUUUUACUAUCGUUGCCAAGUGUAUCACUGUACUCUCGUUCACUUUAUGAGGUGCUGAUUUUUGUGAAGUUGCAAAAAAAGAAAAAAAAACCCUGCUUCCCAAAGUGUAUUUUUAGCGGACAACGUUUUGCUUGAUACUCUGUGCUGUCUGAUGUGUUGUUUAAGAUGUUGUGAAAAUUAGUUUUAUAUAGUAGUCAGACUUGAUUUAUAAACCUCAAAAAACAAAAAAGAAAAAAAUGUCUCCAUUUGACGAAGACUGCACUUCCUCUCUUCUUCAAGAUGUUCUGAGUAAAUUUGACUCACAUUCCGUGAACCGAAAUCUCCGUAUAUAGUCGCUCGUUUCUAGUUUAAGUUCCCAAACUUUGUAAUAAUGGACCAAAAAUAGCUGCCACUGCUAGUUCUGUGUUUGUAUACCCCAGACGUACUUAGGAACCACACUGUCAUAACCUCGUCAGCAGUCAUAAAGCAUGGCACCUGGGUUCAGUUGAUUGGUCUCUGUAUUUCUUAGUUUCCACUGCCUCUGGAUGCUAAAUGUUUCAACACUGGUGCUCAAUAGUGGUUCGUGUGCUGCUCCUGUGCUCAAGUGGAUGGCUCACCUGUAGCUUGCAUCUGAUUGAGCUGCUACGUUCAGCUUUGUUAGGUACCACAGUAUUUUUUCUUGUGCUUUAUUCCCGUUGGUGCAAUAAGUGGUGGAUAUAUUUCCAUGUCAACAGUAUUUAGCUCCAGGGCAUUAUGUUCUGUUUAUGGGCAGGAUGAACAGCAGAUGCUGGGUAAGAGAGGAGGAGUAGGUGGUGAGGUAACAGGAGCUGGUGUAAUCAAUUCACUACUCUUUAUGUAACUGGGAUAACACUUGACACAUUUAUCAUCUCGCACACUACAUUAAUAAUAUUAUCAUUAUUAUUAUUAUAUUAUUAUUGUUAUUUCAUGAUUAUAUUUUUUUAUGUUGACAUUUCCUUGGCUGGGUGUUAGUUGCUGUUGCUCUCUGUGUGGUGUCUUUUGGGUGUAGGGAAGGAGUGUUUUCCUCCAUGUCACCACUACCACCACCACCAUGCACUCCUUCAGUCAGGGACCUCUAUCUCCUGUGAAUGUGACUUCUCUUUUCUGUUCUUCUAUUGCAAGUACCAUCAAGGUGAACCAGAAUCGCUUGAAUGUGGGUAGCAAUUUUCAAGGUCAGUUCCUGUCGGUGGAUUUUGCCAUCGCUGUUGUGUAGCAUCAUAUAUAGGUUACUAUUUUUUUUUUAUUAGUCCCGUCAAGUCAUGAAGUAGUGUGGAAGUUACAAAGGUGAUGAAAAUACAAGUGAGGUGAAGUAUUGGGUUUGGUUCCAAGCAGUUAUGGCAGCAAUCGGCUUGAUAAGUAUUUAGGAAAGGUGAAGGGGAUGUGGUGGUAGUCGACAGAUUUCAGAUGGGAGAAUGUAGUGUAAAGAGCUUAGUUGCUAAAGGAGAGGAGUCUUGGAAAGAAUGAAUGAAAGGUGGUUGUGGUAGGAUUGGUGCAGGCUGGUGGUGCUAGACUGUGAUGUUGUCCUGUGCUGAGGAGCCUUGCAGGACCCUAUGCUCCUGCUGGCGGCCUGGGGGAGAUGCCUGACAGGAGAGAAUAGUGUCCAAACUGUAUUUUGUAAGUUGAUAUACAUAUAUACAUAAAAUAUUCAGUAAUCAUAAAAGAUGGCAGAUUAUUUUAUAUGAAUCAAAAUAUAUUAUAAUGUAUGUAUUUGCUCUUUUUUAUCUGGUAUCAGUAGGUUGCUCUCCAGCAAAUGGCGCUUUGGUGUAUUGGGGUGUUUUCCUUGUUCCACUUGGUGUUGUGGCACGCUGUGGCCCACCCACAGAUGUGUGUGUGUGCGUGUGUGUGUGUGUGUGUAGGGGUCACUCGGCAGUCUGUCUGCUGGACAACCCCACAGUAAACACAGCCAGAAGAUAAUAAUUGUAAACUUUAAACUGAAAUUUCAGUUUGAGCACGGGAAGUCCUUAUUUUGUGUAAAUUUGAUGUUAUUCAUAUUAUUUUCCUGUGAAUUGUGACGAGUUUGGCUUCUACUGUUCCUCUUGGCCUAGACCAAAGGUGCAUUACAUGGAGACAUUCCCUGGUCACAGUUUGCAGAAAGGUGAUUAGGAUGACCCUAAAGUGAAUGACAUAAAACAAGGUAUUGGUAGUGGCACAACUGACUGGAGGAAAAGAUCAGUGAGGUUUUGAAUCUGUGUCAGUGCCAUCAAUGAGGCAUCAAAAUUAGUAGAGCAUGGGCAUUUCCACUGUGAUAUUUAUGAGAGCAUUUUGAAAGAUCAAGGAUUGUGUGGUUCGCCUUUGACAGAUAAGAGGAAGAGCUCUUAUAGCACUGUCUUGAUAUUAAUGUAAUGUGUGCUUUUUCCUUUUGGGUGGAGGCUUUGCCCUUACUUUUUUUAUUUAUAUUUUUAUUUAUUUAUUUAUUUUAUUUUUUUCUUGUUUCUCCCAUUCCUAACACCCUGAGUGUGGUGGGCAAAUGGCACGUUGAACUGAGUCGUAAAUCUUGUCUGUCAGCAUGUGCCACAGAUGCCAGGGCCACCAGACUGAUGCUAAAUGGAGAGUGUGGAUGAGAUAGAGGAAAGGACCAAGCAUUACCUAGGUAGGGGUAGUCCAUCACCUUGUUGCUGUUUUCUUCACCUUAGUUUAUUGUUUUGGCCCUCAAGUAUAUUUUUGGAUAUGUGACAUUAGCAUUCUAAGACUUAUGUAUCAUAAACUUGUGUAAGUAUAUCAUAAAAAUAUUCUUUAUACAUAAUAUUAUAAGUAAAAAAUGUAUACUCUCAUAUUGCCUGCAAAUAUGAAUUAUAUUCUAUAUAUUA